UUUGUAUGUAUGUAUAUGUGUGUAAAGAAAUGAAUAAAUGAAUGAAUGAAUGAAUAAUAAUAAUAAUACAUUUGUUGUGGAAAAUGUGCCUUGGUAAGCAAGGUUUGUCGGUCUCGUGGUGAUAUCCGUCAACCUAUGUUCACCUACCUUCACCUGCCAUGUGGUUGGAGCCUCUCUCUGCGACUACCUCAGGGUGCGGGGAGGAGUGUUUGCUGUUGGGGUUUCGCCGGAAUAAGAACCCCAGGAACUGAUGCUUCGUUUGUUAUUUAGCGGGUGGUGUCGACUCUGUUUUCGUUGUUAGCUAGUUUUUGUUUUUUUUUUUGUUUUUGGUUUUACUUGAUGUCUAUUUAUUUUUUCAUUUGUUUCCUUUUUAGAAAUUUUAGUAGCAGCAUUGUCCCCCUUUUUUUUUAAAGGAGUGUUUUGUAGGAUCGAGUUGUAGAGGCGCUUUGGUUGCAGUUGUUGAGAGUAUUUUUUCUGACGAGCAGAGUAUACGAGGGUUAGUGUGCUAGGUUCUUGAGCAGGAUCUGUGCGAGGCGAAGCCGACAUGCGAAUAUGUAGUUCCAGUUGGAGAUGAUCGUAGAGGAGAGGACUGGAGUGAUCUGUUAUUCUGAGGGCUAGGACGGGCCGGUGAUUAGAAAUGGGGGGCGAGACGCAAUGGCCAUCGGCUGAAGCGAAAGAGAAAAAUGGUAUACCUCCACCGGCAGGGGGGACAGCCUCUGGAAACCCUACAUCACAGAUGGAUGCUCCUCAAAGCUCUGGGCCUCCGCCCUUUCUUACUAAGACUUUUGAAAUGGUCGAUGAUCCUGCUACUGAUGCUAUUGUGUCUUGGAGUGAGGUCGGCAGCAGCUUCGUAGUUUGGAAUACUCCGGAAUUCGCACAGGAAUUGUUGCCCAAGUACUUCAAGCACAAUAAUUUUUCCAGCUUCGUCCGGCAACUCAACACUUACGGCUUUCGCAAAGUAGAUCCAGACCGAUGGGAGUUUGCCAAUGAAGGGUUCUUGCGAGGCAGGCGAGACCUGCUCCGGAGCAUUCAUCGCAGGAAGCCCUCAAGUCAUGCACAGCAGCAGCAAGGUGCAUAUGUGGAAGGCGGAAAGUCUGGACUUGAGGCGGAGAUUGAGCGGCUGAAAACAGAUAAAAACGUUUUGAUGCUCGAGUUGGCUAGGGUUCGACAGCAGCAGCAGAGUACUUUUAGAGACCUGCAGCUCAUGGCUCAGCGGUUACACGUAUCAGAGUCACGGCAACAAAGAAUGAUUACCUUUCUUGCUAAAGCUAUGGCAAAUCCUUCUUUAUUUGCUCAGUUUGUAUCCCAACAAAAUGAAAGCAACCAUUUGGUGCGCAAAAAGCGACGACUUCCAAUACAAGAGGAUGGGGAUAUGGAUGAAUCUAUGAGCCCGGAGUCAUCUAUUGAAAAUCAGAUUGUUACUUACCAGCCUUCGGAACUUGGAGAAGCUAGAGCACGUGCCAGGGUUAUUGAGAUCUUUUGCUCUUCUGACUCCCACUCCGCUAUGGAUAGCCGUCAUUUUGAAGCCCUCAUGCGAGAGCCAGACACUUCUCCUAAUAGCGGAGAUAGCAAUAUUUUGAAUCGACAAUCCAGAGUCACAGUCGAGGAAAUUAAUACCAAACUUCCUGAUAUUUUCUCUAGUGCGCCUGUUGUGAUUGACGUGAGUGUCAAUGAAGCGCAGGAAGCUACAUCUAUAUCGCCACUCAACUUUGAUAUCAUGAGAGCGUCAUCCGGCGAUAAAUCUGCAGAGAGGAGCAGGCAUCCUCACUCUGAAUACCGUGAUAGUAAUGAUUUGCAUGAGCCGGACUGUAAUAGAGGCACGGCAUCCCAUGAAGCUGAAGUGCAGAGCGCACGCACGGAUUCCGCAGCGCACAAUUCUGGUUUCUGGGAGCAAUUCCUAACAGAAGACCCACAACCUGUCACCCGUGCCGAAAUCGAUCUUGAGCGUGAGCCUGAGUCUGAGACAGAAGAUGUGUCGCAGGGUGGCAAGAAUGCGCAGCAAAGUAGUUUCGGUAGGCCUCGUGUUGAAUUCCUAUCUCAUCAAUUGGGUCAGCUAGCGCCUGGUUAAUUAACCUUUAAAAUGAUGUCGGGACUUGGUUGGUAUUAGAAUUAUUAUCUUGAGCUAUUAUAGCUCUUGUUACUUAGUUAAAAGACUUCGAGAGGAUAUGUUCAUAUUGAUUGACGAUCUCUAUCUCAUCACUCAUAAUCUUCUCCUCUUCAGAAUUUUCAAUUUGUA